AUGCCGCCGUUGGGCUAUGUGACCUCCUAUGCCCCUCGACUGCGCCAGUAUGCCAAUUCGCUGAUCUCGCCUGUUCUGCCAACCGCGCCGGCCGCCCCGCCAGUACGGACGACAAAGCGCGGAACCGUCGUAGUGAACUACGCGGAGAACGACUACGACGACGAUGACUUUGAGGACAGCGAGGGUCCCCGGCGGCCGACCGGGUUGCGCAGUUUACGACGAGAUGAAAUAACUCCUUAUCUGGGGCCCGCGGGGGAAAAACUAGGCAAGGAGAUAUCCGCGCCUGUCAACGUCCAGGCCAACUACAGGGACUGGGUUGUACGGAAGUCAAUCAAAGCAGGGAGAGAGAGACACUUGAGGGCUCAGGCGCAGCUACCGGUGAAUCUUAUACCCAUCCGAAUCGAUCUUGAAAUCCCAGCGUUUCAACCUGUUGAACCAUUCCCGUUGCCGCGAAACUACUUGGAAGCCGGCAUCAACCCUACGCUGCCCGCUUAUAGAAAGCCCGAACCGGCGCCACCAUAUAGGAUAAAGGACAGUUUCCUUUGGAACCUGCACGAAGCCUUGACGACGCCUGAGGAAUUUGCGUCGGUCUUUGUGCGCGAGUUAGACCUGCCAAAUCCACAAUCAACAGCUUUGGCGAUAUGUAAUCAGAUUCGGCAGCAGUUAGAGGAGUACGCUGGUGUUGCCAUGCAUCCCCUUUUUCAGACCACAGCAACUAUGCCAAAACAGAUAGAUACCACGCCAAAGGUAACUGCCAUUGCAGAACGACCGAUCACACCAAUGCAAACCACUCCAGCAACUCCUGCAGCGCCUUCUGAAACCGCAAAAUCCGGACAGCAGAAUGGGAGUGCUGCAGUGGAUUCAUCCGAGGCUGACUCGCCUUAUGACCCCGACGAUGCAUAUAGAUGUAUUGUCGUUCUCAAUAUAAAUCUUCACAAUAAGCUAUAUAGUGAUAAAUUCGAGUGGUCCCUUUUGCAUUCGCGAGGGAUGGCCGAGCAGUUCUCAAAAGUGACAUGCGCAGACCUCGGCCUCGGCCCAGAGUGGGUGAGCUCAAUAGCCCACGGAAUAUACGAGGCGGUUUUGAAACUGAAGAAAGAAGCGUGUGAGAGCGGUGCUCUUCUCAGCGGUGCCGGUGGCCUGGGGCAAGAAAUCGACAACCAGGCAGCAAACGGCCAAGAAGCCGGCUGGCGAUAUGACCCUGACACUUUAGGAGACGAAUGGGAGACUAGGAUCGAGACUCUAUCCAAGGAAGAGAUUGAGAAGAGAGAAGGCGACCGAGAGCGGCAGAUCAGGAGGCUUCGACGAGAGACGGCCAGGUUCUCGUCAACAGGUGCGGUUGCUGCGUCGGCACCGGAGCUAUCGAGACAAGGUUCCGGCAGCUAUUUCGAUAUCCCAGACGGCACCGAGACUCCCAUGGGCCGCGGAGAGAGAAGUAAGAGGAAACGUCGCCUGCGAAGUCCCAGUCCAACUGGCCGAAGCGGUACCCCUGGUGGCAGAGGCACCCCAGACACUGGAGCAGCAGCCGGCUAUGGAGGCGGAGGAGGAACGCUGGCUGACUGGGAGAGACAAGCAUGGCGGUGUUCAAACUGCCUUGUCUGGGGCUCUGCAGUAUGGGCAGUGCGGGAUGGACCAGCAGGACCAAGGACCCUCUGUCACAACUGUGGAUACCAGUAUGAAUGCAACAAGCAACUCCCAGCCUGGCAAAAGGGGCUGCAUUAUGUCGACCAUUCAAUCAUACGUUAA